CCUAAUGCUGCUGCUUGCUGGGCUCCGGGGUCUCCUGGCAUCAGGACCUGGUUCUCAAAAUUCGUUUUUACAAAUUAUAGUUCCAGAAAAAAUCCAAGAAAAUCCAAGUGAUAAUUCGGAACCAGAAACUGAAUGGAUAUCAUAUAUUAUUACAAUAGAGGAGAAGCUAUACACUAUACACCUUAAGCAAAGGAUUUUUUUAGCACAUAAUUUUAUGGUAUAUGUGUAUAAUCAAGGAUUUGUAAGUUCAUAUCCUUCAGAUAUUCAGUCUCGAUGCUACUACCAGGGUUAUGUUGAAGGAUAUCCCAAUUCUGUUGUUACACUCAGCACGUGCAGUGGAUUGAGAGGAAUACUGCAGUUUGAAAAUGUUUCUUAUGGAAUUGAGCCUCUGGAAUCUGCAGUUGAAUUCCAACAUCUUAUUUAUAAGUUAAGGAAUGGAAACAGUGAAUUUUCAGAUUUUACUGAAGGUGGCCGAAGCAUAGAACAAAACCCAGUGGACAAUAACAUUUUUAUAAGUGAAAAAUCAAAAUCAACUAUUCCAGAUUUAAUUCCACUUUAUCUAGAAAUGCAUAUUGUGGUGGAUAAAGCUUUGUAUGAUUACUUGGGCUCUGAAAGCAUGAUAGUAACAAAUAAAAUCAUCGAAGUUAUUGGCCUUGUAAAUGCAAUGUUUGCCCAAUUUAAAGUUACUAUUGUGCUGUCAUCAUUGGAGUUAUGGUCAGAUAACAAUAAGAUUUCUACAGCUGGUGAUGCAGAUGAAGUAUUGCAUAGAUUUUUAGAAUGGAAAAAAUCCUAUCUCACUCUAAGGCCACAUGAUAUUGCAUAUCUAUUCAUCUAUAGAAAUUAUCCAGAUCAUGUGGGGGCAUCAGUUCCUGGAAAGAUGUGUGUUACCCCUUAUUCUGCUGGAAUUGUUAUGUACCCCAAGGAGGUAACUUUGGAGGCAUUUUCCAUUAUUGUUACACAGAUGAUUGGACUGAGUAUGGGAAUAUCAUAUGACAACACAAAGAAAUGUCAUUGUCCAGGAGCUAUCUGUAUAAUGAAUCCAGAAGCUAUGCGAUCAAGUGGUGUGAAGACUUUUAGCAGUUGCAGUUUGAAUGACUUUGAAAAUUUCAUUUCAAAUAUGGGUGCCAGAUGUCUUCAGAAUAAACCACAAAUGCAAACAAGAGCAAUCUGUGGCAACAGAAGAGUGGAGAGAGGUGAAAUUUGUGACUGUGGUACUGAGGAACAAUGUGGACCACAGAGCUGUUGUAAUUUUCGAACUUGUAGACUGAAACCAACAGCACAGUGUGAUAAAGGAUUAUGCUGCACGAACUGUCAAAUUGAAAGACAAGGUGUUGAAUGUAGGAAAGCAGCACAUAGUGAAUGUGAUAUUCCUGAGUUUUGUAAUGGAAGUUCACCAGAAUGUCAACCUGAUAUAACUAUACAUAAUGGACAUGUAUGUAAACAAAAAUUUUUGUGUUAUAGUGGAGACUGCCACGAUACAGAUGCACUGUGUGAGGUCACAUUUGGAAAAGGUUCAAAAAAUGCACCAUUUGCCUGCUAUGAAGAAAUACAUUCUCACGGAGAUAGUUUUGGGAACUGUGGUAUAGUAAGAGGCAGGAUUCAAUACUGUGGAUGGAGGAAUCUUCAAUGUGGAAGACUAAUUUGUACUUACCCUACUCGCGUUCCUUUUCAUAAAGAAAAUGUUGCUGUGAUUUAUGCUUUUGUACGAGAUAAUUUAUGUAUAACCAUAGACUACAGAUUGCCUAACAUAAAUGAAGAUCCAAUGAAAAUCUCCAAUGGUUCUGAUUGUGAUGAAGGGAGGAUCUGUGUAGGGGGUCAAUGUGUAGAAUCAAGAGCAAUUAAGUCUGAAUCAGCUGUCUGUUCAGAAAAGUGCAGAGGACAUGGAGUAUGCAAUUCCAAUAAAACAUGCCAUUGUUUUGAAGGCUACCAGCCUCCGAAUUGUGAAACGAGCACCAGAGAAGCUUCUAGUUUGCCUGAGAAACAGGGUUUAACCAUGGAAAGAGCUCCUAGGAAGGCUGAAAAGAACCCCUGGCUUAUAGGUUUCUACAUGGCUUCGCCUGUUCUCAUCGUAGCAACCAUAAUGGCCAUUGUUUCAUGGAAUUGGAAAAAGUGGCUCACCAAGGAAGAGGAAUCCUUGAGUGUCGACUCAGAAGGCAGCACUCACACAUAUGCUAGUAGAUCCAGAUCAGAAAGCAGCAGCCAAACAGAUACAGUCAGAUCCAAGUCAGAAAGCAGUGCUCAAACAUAUACCAGCAGAUCCAAAUCACAGGAAAGCACUCAAACACAUAACAGUAGUGACUAGUAAUUCCUUCAGAAAGCAAUGGAUAUCACAGAGUAUCUCACUGGGAAAUGAAAAUUCUGCCUUUGUUCCCUUGAUCGCAGUUGAAGGAAACAAUAAACCGAGUGUGGAACUA